GGCAUGUCAGACUCUGAAGAGGUCGUCGAAGAAUAUGAGCAGGAGCAGGAAGAGGAGUACGUGGAAGAAGAAGAGGAAGAAUGGAUGGAGGAAGAAGACGGUCAGGAAGAACAGGUAGAGGAGGCAGAGGAGGAGACUGAAGAAACCAAGGCAGAAGAACAAGAAGAUGAAACGAAAGCACCAGAAGAAGGUGGAGAGGGGGACCGAGAGCAGGAGCCUGGGGAAGGUGAAUCGAAGCCAAAACCCAAGGUCUUCAUGCCAAACCUGGUGCCUCCCAAAAUCCCAGAUGGUGAGAGACUGGAUUUUGAUGACAUCCACCGCAAGCGCAUGGAGAAGGACCUGAAUGAACUGCAGGCCCUCAUUGAAGCCCACUUUGAAAGUAGGAAGAAGGAGGAAGAGGAGCUCAUCAACCUUAAGGACAGAAUUGAACAACGGCGAGCGGAGAGGGCAGAGCAGCAGCGGAUUCGCAGCGAGAGGGAGAAGGAGCGCCAAGCCCGCAUGGCCGAAGAAAGAGCUCGCAAAGAGGAAGAGGAGGCGCGCAAGAGGGCUGAGGAGGAAGCACGGAAGAAGAAAGCUUUCUCCAACAUGCUACAUUUUGGAGGCUACAUGCAGAAGUCAGAGAAAAAAGGUGGAAAGAAGCAAACAGAGAGGGAAAAGAAGAAGAAGAUCCUCAGUGAACGGCGGAAGCCCCUGAACAUUGACCACCUGAAUGAAGACAAGCUGAGGGACAAGGCCAAGGAGCUGUGGCAAACCAUCCGUGAUCUGGAAGCUGAGAAAUUUGACCUGCAGGAAAAAUUUAAGAGACAGAAAUACGAGAUCAAUGUCCUCCGAAACCGUGUUAGUGACCACCAGAAAGUCAAAGGGUCAAAGGGUGCCCGUGGGAAGACCAUGGUGGGCGGCCGGUGGAAAUAGAUGACUCAGAAGGGCAAAGAAGGCUCAGCCACAGA